GCUCCUUCCACUCCCGUCGGCUCGGCAUCUAAAACGUUAAGAAACUACAACGCGAACGCGUGACGCGGCUCUUUCUCUCCCACCACUACACUAACAGAUUGCCUGAAACGGGAACUUCGGGAUACCUCGUCCCCAAGCCUUCCCCAAGCCAUCCCACCAAAGGCGCCCUCCCUCAUUACAAAGUCACCCUGCAGCACGGGGCCGGUAUCACCAACUCAACGCCCCCCAUCCACUCAUUUGGGCCCGUUCACUCUACCCCCGACCACGCGAGCGGCUCCCUGCCUGUUCGGCGUCCAGCACUGACCGCUGCCGCUGUGCCGCUAUUCCUGGUGGGUGCCUGGUGUUCAAGAUCAAGAUCAAACCUCUUGGUACACUGCUCGCCUCGGCGCACCACCCGCACGCAUCAUGGACGUCGCCGCGUUGACGGAGGAACUGACCAUCCAGAAAGUCAUCCUCGACUCGCUGCAAAAUGAGACAUUCGAGGGCGUCGAGGAGGAGCGGUUCGAGAUUCGCCAGGAGAUUGAUCGCCUAAAGAAGCUCCUGCGCUUCACCAAGCCGCGGGAUCAUGCUGACGAGCCAACGCUCCCUCCCGCUCUGCCCACAAGGCCUCGCGCCAACCGGACGCCUGUUGGGCCAUCUCCAGUGUACGAACCCCCGGAGAUGCCAGUAGCCAUGUCAACGCCUGUCAAGAAUAGCAGCGCAUGGAACGACCUGGGGUCGCGUUCGGUGCCCAGUCGUAAGCGGGACUCUGAAUCGGCUAGCCUCUUCGCACCCGUCGGACCUAACAAGUCUCGACGUACAACUCCCAUCAGAGCUUCCGAUCCCUUCUUUCAUUCGUCAUCUCUCAACGGUAACGGAAGCCACGUCGACGUCAUCGACCUUACUGGGGACGAUGAUGAUCUCAACUCUUAUUUCGUUGCCCAGCAAAUCAAAGCCGAGAAAACACGCAAGCAGGAGAGAGAAGACCACGAGUUGGCUCGCUUGCUUUCCAGCCAGGGAUCUCCAGUCCCAGGCCCAUCCACUUUACCAGCCGAAACCAAUGCUUUCACUCGAUUGAUGGGCAGUCAGCCAUCCGGCAUCGUUGAAACAGACCUCACGGAUGGAGAUUCGGAGUCAUCGUUCGGAGCUCCUUUCACAACUUCUGUACUCGGACAGUCUACAAACCAAAUGCCAGGAGGAUAUGAUCCAACCUGGGAUGCGACCGUUCCUCUUCGCCAGGCCUCUCAUAUGCCCCCGGCAAACUCCAUGGCUAGAGGCUAUGGGCCCGUCGUGACAACUCCGCAGGCACCUACAUUCGGCGCCUAUGGGGCCGCUGGCAGUACGGUGCCUUACCCUACCUACCAAUCGGGGAUCCCGCCGCAGAAUAUGGGUCAGAUCCCAAACCAACUCUCUGGCCCGACUCCUAUCCCGGGCUACAAAUUUGAGGGUCGACCUGGGCCGACGUUUGGGGGGUCUAGCAACGCAUCAUGGAUUCCCGGCUCUCGUUCGACUCCUAUUCUUCCGAGUCAGGGCAUGUCAGGAGGUUUGGCUGAUAUUAUCACUAAGACGAAUAUGUUCGACUACACAAAUGGCAUGGAUGGGGCUGGCAAUGCUCUGCCCGAACAUUUGACCAACUUUAUCCAGGAUGCUUACCACGAUCCUAGAAUGACCGAUCAAGACUUGGAUAAUCUCUUGCAGAACAUCCGCCCGGAUAUGGACAUCCCGGAGAGAAACCGAGAUGGAACGCCGGCUGGACUAAAGAGGCCGCUGUACCCCCAUCAAGAAGUAGCUCUCACCUGGAUGAAGAAGAUGGAAGAGGGAACGAACAAAGGUGGCAUUCUUGCGGAUGACAUGGGUCUCGGGAAGACCAUAUCCACCCUUGCACUUCUCCUGUCCCGUCCAGCAACCAGCCGUCCAAAGACAAACUUAAUCGUGGGCCCGGUUGCUCUCAUCCGGCAGUGGGAGGAAGAGCUCGCCACGAAGACAAAGCUCUCUCACAGACUAUCGGUUUUCCUAUACCAUAAUAAAAAGGCAACGACGGAAGACCUGCUCAAGUAUGAUGUCGUUUUGACAACGUACGGUACCAUCGCUCAAGAGCUGAAACGCCUCGAGAAAUAUCUCGAGGACAACAAGGAUCGCAACAUCGACUUCAAUGACAAGAGUUUUGCCGUCAAGUGCCCACUGCUUCAUCCGAACAAGGCAAAGUUCUAUCGUGUCAUUCUCGACGAAGCGCAAUGCAUCAAGAACAAAGAUACGAAGACUUCAAAGGCAUGCACCAAGUUGAAGUCAACCUACCGAUGGUGCUUGACCGGAACCCCAAUGAUGAAUGGUGUCCUGGAACUCUACUCCUUGCUCAAUUUUCUUCAGAUCAAGCCGUAUUCCGCAUGGGAACAGUUUCGCCAGUCAUUCGGUGUUUUGUUUGGCCGAAAUGGUGACCCGAAGAGCGUGGCCAUGAACCGACUCAGAGCACUACUCAAAGCCAUCAUGCUUCGACGCAAGAAGAACUCGCAGCUCGAUGGCAAGCCAAUUCUCAAACUUCCCGAGAAGAUUGAGCAGGUUGUUUACGCCGAGUUAUCCCCUGAGGAACACGACUUUUACAGUCAGCUGGAGAAGAAGUCCCAAGUGCAGUUCAGCAAGUAUCUUCGAGAUGGGAGCAUCGGCAAGAAUUACUCCAGCAUCCUGGUUCUUCUACUUCGACUACGCCAGGCAUGCUGCCAUCCACACCUCAACUUGGACGUCGAUGAUGUCAGCCCUGUUUCCGACGAAGAAAAGGUGGACUUGGUCAAGGCCCUGGAUGUGGCAAUCGUGGAGAGAAUCAAGGGCAUUGAGGCCUUCGAAUGUCCCAUCUGUUACGAUGCGGUACAAUGCCCCACAUUCUUCGUCCCCUGUGGCCAUGACAGUUGUAACGAGUGCCUCUGCCGUCUCACUGAAAACGCUACAGUGCUCAAUUUGCAGGAAGGAAACGAGGGCGGCAAGGCUAAGUGUCCUGUCUGCCGUGGCACAUUCGAUCCUAGCAAAUGUUUCAACUACGAAACCUUUCAGAAGAUUCACAUGCCGGAAUGUGUUGAGAAGGCAGAGUCUGGUGGAGAGGCAUCAGGUGACGAUGAUGAUGAGGAUGACGAGUCUGACUCUGAUGAUUUUAUCUCUGAUGAUGAAGUCGAUAAGCAGGGCAACCUCAAAGGCUUCAUCGUAGCGGACGAAGACGACGAUGACGAAAAGCCAGACAAGAAGGCGCUUGACAAGGGCAAGAAGAAAAAGAAGAACAAGGGAAAGAAGAAGGCAUCAGACAUCCGGCCUUCGAUGCUCAAGACCCUUCGCAAGGAGGGCUACAAGAAUCGAGAUGCCUUCAAAAAGUACAUGCGAUACUUGCGUAAGACGUGGAUGCCGGCCGCAAAGGUAACCGAAUGCAUGAAGCUCCUGACGACGAUCGCCGAAACAGGGGAGAAAACGAUCAUCUUCUCCCAGUGGACCCUGUUGCUUGAUCUCCUCGAGGUAGCAAUGUGGCAUGAGAAGAUGGCAAAACCGGAAAGAUAUGACGGCAGCAUGUCAGCCAUGCAUCGCAACAUUGCGGCUCACAAUUUCCGAGACCGCAAAGAUGUCAAGGUGAUGCUGGUUUCCCUUCGAGCGGGUAAUGCGGGACUCAACUUGACAGCCGCGUCCCGAGUCAUCAUCAUGGAUCCUUUCUGGAACCCAUACAUUGAGAUGCAGGCCGUUGAUCGUGCCUAUCGUAUCGGGCAGCAGAAGGAGGUCAAGGUUUACCGUAUCCUAACCAAGGACACGGUCGAGGAUCGAAUUGUCGCACUACAGGAGAAGAAGAAGUCGAUUGUGGAGGCAGCCUUAGAUGAGGCUGAGAGCGUCAAGAUUGGACGCCUAAGCACGAACGAACUGAAGUUCCUUUUCAACGCGCGCGGUUAGACGAGAUCCGAUAAUGGCGGCAGCUCUAGAGGCAGCAUGGCCAUUAAUGAAACGGCAUAUGACAGUGAUACAGGGAUGUUUUGUUUGUUUGCUACCUUCCCAAGACCCGUGGCUUGCUGUGGAAGCAGGAUUCGAGGGCAGGGGUGGGGCGGAGUUUAUGGGGGAUUCCAUGAUACCGAAAAAGAAGAGUCACACCUCGCGGUGCUGGGUUGACUGACGGACUGGUUGCUAUGAAAGGAGAUACAUUGGUUUUGGUAAUGAGAUAUGGGAAUAUUUCUCUCUCCCGCGGCGUCUCCGCGGAGGAGAAAAGAUUUUGAGAGUAGAAUGAGAAAUGAGACAAAUAUUACAGAAGCAAAAUGACGUGCAGUUUUAAUGAUAAAUCAUUCGC